GUGGAACAAAAACAACGACAGAACAGCGUUGUAAGUAGCUUGGUGAGAGACGGCUGGGGUUUGUGCUGUGAGCUAAAAUAGCUAAUAAGGUACCGAGUCAUUUGUGUUGUUGGACGGCCCUUUUCUGCAUAGAACACCAUUUCUAUUGUAAAACAUGGCAGCUGACUGCGAGGCUUGGCUGAAUGCAAACCCUGUUGGAGCUGCAGAUCUCAGUGACUUCAUUCUUUCUGGAGAGGAGGACAAUGGAGGAUCGGUUAUCAACAGUAGAAAUACCAACAACGAGAUCAACGGUAACUGGUUGUCCUCAUCCAGCAACACCAUCCAGGAGGCGCGUCUCAAGGCGAAGGCGAAGCGGAGGCUGAGAAAGAACUCCUCCAGGGACUCGGGCAGGGGGGACUCCCUUAGUGACAAUGGGGAUGUGAGCAGGGGAACCUCUGCUGUACCUACGAGUCCCAAGAGCAAGUUGAUGGACCGAAAGUCACGGAUGGGAAAGGGCAGAGGUUUGCCAAAGAAAGGUGGGGCAGGAGGAAAAGGUGUGUGGGGCAAGACUGGUGAAGUUUACGAACCAGUUGAAGUAGAUGAGAAAGACCCUAACUACGACGAAGCUCAGGAAAACUGUGUGUAUGAGACUGUGGUGCCUCCGCUGGACGAGAGGGACUUUGAGAAGACGGUCGCACCCAUAGUCAAAGAGUACUUUGAACAUGGAGACACAAACGAAGUAGCUGAACUGCUUGCAGAGCUGAACUUGGGGCCCAUGCAUAGCGAGGUGCCCUCAUUGGCCGUGUCUCUGGCCCUGGAGGCCAAGGCCAGCCACCGGGAGCUCACAUCCAGGCUGCUGGUUGACCUGUGCAGGACUGUUCUGUCUCACAGUGACAUGGAGUCCUCUUUUGACAAACUGCUCAGAAAUCUGCCCGAUCUGGUCCUGGACACUCCAGGGGCUCCCCAGCUGGUUGGCCAGUUCAUUGCACGCGCUGUCAGCGACCAGGUACUGACUAAGAGCUACAUCGAUGGCUACAAAGGCAAAGUUGAUUGUGAAUAUGCAAGGGCGGCGCUGGACCGGGCUGCUGUGCUGCUGAAGAUGAGUAUGGGUGGGCUUCGCAUAGACAACCACUGGGGGACAGGUGGAGGCCAGAGACCUGUUACACAACUCAUCAAACAGAUGAACCUGCUGCUGAAGGAAUACAUUUUGUCUGGAGACGGCAAGGAAGCUGAGAGAUGCCUUCGAGAGCUGGAGGUUCCCCAUUUUCACCACGAGUUUGUCUAUGAGGCAAUCGUGAUGGUUUUGGAGUCCAAAGGGGAGAAAACCUUCAAAAUGGUUCUACAUUUGCUCAAGUCUCUCUCCAUGUCUUCCAUCAUCGCUGUGGACCAAAUGAAAAGGGGCUACGAAAGGGUUUACAUGGACAUUGCUGAAAUCAGCAUUGAUGUUCCUCGUGCGUACUUCAUCCUGGAGCAGUUUGUGGACAAGAGCUUUAGCAAGGGGAUCAUUGGUGUGAAGUUAAGAGAUCAGUGUCCCUGUCGGAGCCGGAAGAGGUUUGUCAGCGAGGGAGAUGCUGAAAAUGUGAAACUGGAACGGUUCUGAGGCCGCCUUUCCGUGCGCCAGAAUUCCUGAAAAGAAGAGGACGAAAUGACCUUUUUACUUGCCUUUUUUUUAUAGUUGAGUAAAACCUUCUCCCUUCUAACAGUAAAAUUCUGGGAUUUGAGGUGGAGUUUAAAAAACUGCACUUUUCAUUUCAACUGAAGUACAUCACGUUCCCCGAAUUGUUUAUAGAAAAACAUUUACAUAAGCUAUCCCUUCAAGUGCCACACCUCUGUGUCAGUCAUUCCGUGUUUGUACAGUAUUUUAUUAUUAUUAUUAUUAUUUUUGGUUUUACUGCCUCUUCUUUUGUUCUUCAGGUGUGUUCUUUGUAUUGAUACAACUAAGUUGUGUUAAGAGCUUUAUGAAAAUGAAGAACAAUAAAGGCAGGAUGUUUGUUUGAUGCAAUACUGGUUCUUUAACUGAGCUGGUCAUUUUUUUAUGCUGUGCUUCACCCUUUGUUUUCUUUUAAAAGUCAUUUGAAAAAUAUGACAAAUCCCCCAAAAAGAAAAGCACCCAUCAUAUAAAACGGUGUCAAGUUUAAUUUUUGUAUAGGGGGGAGUAAAAUACAUCAGAAGUCUUUGUUUGUUGAUUAAAUUACUAUUAAAAUUUCAGUCUUUUGA